AAGUCACUGUGGCCCCGCGGAGAGCAGGGGCCUCGGGCCACUGGAGGCGCCCGCGCUGCAGCUGGGGCCUGGGCCCGUUCCCAGGUGCUCCGCUGGGAGCUAGUUCUUGCUCUUGAGGGGUUGCUGCUGAUGAGCACAGAGUAGAUAGAAUGAGUCAAAUGAGGGGUAAUGUGUCACCAAAUGGCAGUGAAGAGAAGAAACGGUUAUUCUUUCAGAGUUGCAAAGAUUGGGCCAUCAGAGUCCAGUAUAGAAAUAGUCUAUAUUUUGUGGCAGGUAUCAGAAUUGUUGUCAUCUCUUGCAAAUGUUGAAAAUGAACAACAGAAGCAUCAAUUGUUUUUGAAGGGAACACGUGUCUCUCUCUUCCAUACACUGCGUUCAGUAAUAAAAUCCAAUAACUGGAAGACUGCAGUAUAUAACAAGCAAAGCAUGUUACCUCCUGAGCCCACUACUUUGUUACACAAUUGGUCAGAAGAUGAUAUAGCAAAGAAGGAUGCUGAUUCACGAAGGACAACACUGAGAAGCCAAAACAGUUGUGUAUCCAUGCAUGUUAAGUGUCUGUCUAAAUCGAAGACAACAAAUUCUGCUGUAGAAGAAAACAAAAACACUGAUUGUGAUGGUCCACUGCCAGCACAUAUGCUUCCUUAUGUGCUUUUAAUCAAAAAUUGUCUUCCUUCGUCAAUUUCUUCAAUCUAUUCCAAAUGUUGCAAAGCAGAGAUAUUAUGCAGGAUACUAUACUUUACACAGAGACUCUGGAAAAAGAAAACACCCAAGCCCUCACCUCAGGAUCCUCCCAGUUCUGAAUUCCAGACCGCUGAAGAAACACAAUAUGUGAACUUCCUUAAUCUGAAGGAUCUGCAGUGGAAAUUCUAUAAAGGCAUUGUGAAAAGAAAACAGAAAGUGAGAGUUUUAUGGAGAGAAGCAAACUACAGACCUUUCAAGCCAUUCCAGGAAAAAAUCAGGAAUGAAGAAUACAUGCUCCCUUUGAUUCCUAAGAACUGGAUAAUUCAUGAUUCUCUUAAAUGAGUUUGUACAAUGAAUAUCCUGUUUACAUCAAACGAAUGAUGACUUUAAAUGAAUGGAGAAUGACUGCAGUUCUUCAGAAAAUUUAAAUAAAAAUGUCAAGACAUUAUACAAUUAAGUUUAUUACAUUUUUACAGUAGCACCUAGGAGCCCAUCAUGGAUCAGGACCCCAUUGUGCUAGAUGCUGUACAAACCCAGAAGAAAAAAGAUGGUUCCUGCCCCAAACUAAACAUCAUCAAACACAUAGUCUACUAAGGACCGUUACACCAGCAAGAGUGACCGUGGUUGAUGGCAUUGCACCAGGCACAGUGUAGUGAAGUUCCCAGAUCUGGCUCAAUCCUGUGAAUCCACAAAUCUCUGGGGUGGCCCGUGAGCGACACCAGGUAGGGUCAGGGUGUGCACCUCUUCACACGUUAAUGAAGAGUUUGAGAGCACAGUGUGCUGGAGUGGCUUUAUCCAUGCUGGCAACAUGGCCAAAAAGUACAUGGUGCCACUUUUUGAAUAUAAUGAGCAACUGAAGAAAGGCCAGAUCUCUGCAAUAUGGUGACAUUUAUACACUGUCAGGAUUUGGUACUGACAGUGCAUAUGGAAUGGCUCUAGCUGCUCCAAGUCUGCCUGUCAGAGGGUCUUGGUUUCUGACCCAUAUAGUUUGAUAGAUCCUGAAGUCUCCACACAGACUUUUUGCAUGCAUAAGCGGGUCAUGGACUUCAUACAAGAGACAGCAAGACCUAUUAGUCAAAG